GGCUCUGUGCACAGUGCUCCCUCCUGGAUGGCAGACAGCCUGUCCAAUAACCGAGCUCCCGACAUCAAGGGCGCGUGUUUUCUCCUUCCCUCUGGUCUUCGCCCCACGUGGGCCGCAGGGAAGGAGAAAGCAGGCAUCGCCCGCCUGUGAUGUCACUUCAGACAGGACUCUUGUCACCCUUCUUAUUCCCUCCAGGCUGGCCAGGGAUCUGGGCCUCUCCAAGCACCAGCCAGAAGGAAGGCCCGCUCUGCGCGGCUGCCGGAAGCCCACCAACACCUGCAGACACGCCAGCCGUUUACAGCACGAGGGCAGACGCCGCGGACAGAGACGGUGAGGCUGUUUCUCCCACAGGCAGGUACCCGUGGAAGUCCCACGACGAAAGUCACGGUGCGGUGGCUGCAGUGUCACCAUAUGGAGCUGCAGAGUGGCUUCUCCAAGACAAGAACUUGUCUCUGACUCCACACCUACGCCAGGCCGUGGCCUUCAACUCGAGGGAGUUUUCACAGGAUAAGUCUAAACCGCCUACAGGAGUGACUGAACGAUCUCGGGAACAACAGAUGAGAUCGGGGUUCGGCGGCGGAAGGGAAACACCCGGAAGCCACAGAGGGCACAACGUGCGCACUGGGAGCCGGGGAGACCCAGGCCGAGCCCAGCAGCUGGGCUCACGGGGGAGGACAGAGGUGCUCCGGGAGUCAGAAGAGGAGCCCGGUGCAGUUCAGCCGGCAUUUUUUCUUUCUUGGUCUAGAAACCUGUAAUCGCGUACCUUCAACUCACAGAAAACUUGGUGUGCCUUCAAAGCAUGGGGCUUUCCUUGUCCUUCAAGGCUGGGAAGCAAGUCGGGGCAUAAAGGGAAGGGCGGAUUCCAGGCGUGGCUGCCUCCUGGAAUAGUCCUGGGGGCGGCUCUUUGGACGUGAACAGAAAGUUCAACAAAUGCAAGUUCAGGCACAGGGCAGUCCCAGGGGAGGGCAGGGAUGGACCCAUCCCCAGUAUUAGCGUCCUGGGGCUGCGAGAGCAAAGGGCCCCAGAAACUGAUGGUCUCACAGUUCCUCAAGCCUGUGGCCAGCCGUCCCGGGGGUCCCUGGCUCCCAGCUGCACCCUUCAACCUCGGCCUCCGGCUUCACCGGGCCCCCGCCCUCUCUCUCUUCAGAGGGACACUAGGCAGUGGCUUCAGGGGACACCCACUCCAGUAUGACUUCAUUUUAACCAAUUACAUCUGCAAAGACCCUACUUACAAAUAAGGUCACAUUCGGAGGUUCCGGGUGGACGUGAAUUUUGCCCCUGUGCACCUGCUCUUUAUUUUCUUAUCAUUACCCAAUAUUCUA